CUUUGCUGUCCUAUACAGACAGAAGACAGAACAGCAGAACAAAGUUUCAAAAUUUCCAAUUAAAACAAAUUGUAUAAAAUCCCUUUUAUAUUAUAACAAAAUAUAUUUUACAUAUUUUAUUAAUUUAAGUCGAAGUAAAGUAAAUCAAAUUCUUGAGUAUUCACACAUUCAAUUAUAUUAAACAAGAAAAAUAUAAAACCAUAAACUGUCCAGUGCUCCGACCAUCUACAAAAAGAAGAAGAAAGGAAGACUGCACAUGCCAGUUGCACGUGCCCCUAAUUGAAAAUUGCAUUUUUUCCAAUUGAUUUCCUUUGAUUACACUCAGUGCUGCUUUUUUCCUUUAUUUAAUAAGACCAUGUUAUUAUAAGCAAACAGAAAUAAAAAAUCAAUAGCUAAAUAAUCUCUUCAAACUAUGGCAAAGAGCAAAAGCAUUGUUUAUCUUGGCUUCGAGGAUGAAGAGGUCACAGAGAAGCACAGGAAUCUAAUGAAUAGCACUGUCAAUAAAAUCGGAGGGUGUCCUGACUGGCCGGUGGCAGAUAUUAAAGUGCCAAAUUGUCCAACAUGUAGCUCUGUUCGUCCAUUACUCGUGCAAUUAUAUGCUCCGCUGGAUAAUUCCCAAUUCCAUCGUACUCUCUAUGUGUUUGCGUGUUUGCAUCCAAGCUGUUCGGCCACCAGCAAGGGAUGGCUCUGUCUGCGAACUCAGAAUCUCGAUACUUCCAAUUGUGAAAUCGAAUCGGCGGCUGGGAUGAAGAACAAAAAAUCAUCAACCGUGCAGAAAAUAUCCUGGUGUGGGGGAGCUGACGAUUGGGGGGAUGAUUGUGAGGAUCUAAACCAAAAUGAGGAAAACGGAAAUGUGAUAAAAAUGGAUAACUCGAGGUUGUCCGAUGACGAAGACGAAAGUAACUCGAUGGAAAACGAUCUGAUAUGUGCUCUGGACAAUUUGGAUGUCGAUGACAAGAAUGCAAAUUGUGGAGCACAAGGUGGUGGUGGUGGUGGCGGUGUAGGUAUGGGAGGAGCAGGAGUUGGUGCCUACGGCACAGUUAAUGUUCAAACAGUUUGUGCUGAAAUCGAAGGUGGGGAAUCGGAUGUUGUUUUCGUGGAGCCACCACAAAUUCCAGAGCGCAAUUUGAUGACAUUACUCAAAGAAAGUGGCACUGACCCGUGUAAGAUCACAGAUCCGACAUUGAGAAGUUUCUUUUUGGCUGUCGACGAAGAACGAAAUGUUUCAUCUCCAACUAAUUACUUCGGAUUGAGCGAUCAUGUGCGAGACUUGUAUCAGGAAUACAAAAAGCUAGAAGAUUCAAUUGGCACUGGUAGUCCUUUGACUCCGCCAACUGCAUCCAGUGGUAUGAGUGGUGGCAUCGGAGGAGGACAUGAUGGCGACGGAGAGAUGUACGAAAAAGGCAUACCUGUGCAUGGCGAUAUUAUGUUCCAUAAUUUCUUGUCCAGUAUUCAGUCUAAUCCGGGCCAGUUAAUAAGAUACUCUCGUGAUGGCCAUCCACUAUUAAUAGCACCCCUAAGCGAACCAAUCCCGAAAUGUCCAAAUUGUGGAGGCGAAACAGUUUGUGAAGUUCAAAUUCUAUCCACACUCAUUCCCAAGCUACGAAUGCAACAAAACGACGAUGCUGCUCCAAUUGAAUACGGAAAUGUCCUGGUUUUCACAUGUCUCAACAGUUGCUGGGAUACACCUGAUAAAAUGCGUUACGAGAACAUAAUUGUUCAAAAGGAAAUCUAAAACAUUCAAUCUUCAAAAGCAAAUUUCCAACCUAAAAAUCAGUACCUAGAAAGCUUUUAACUAAAACUUAUCUAGUCAUUUAUUUUUAUUUAUUUCUUUUGCAUUUAACUGUAUCGCAAUCCUGAGCGGGUCCUUGUAAGCUACAUAGUUAGAUUGUAAAUGCACACAAUUUAAUUUAAAUAGAAAACUGCACACUCAAAAGUGCUUUGUCAAUUAACUAACUACACAAACAGAAACAAAAACAAAAAACGUUUUAUGCAGAGACUAAUAUUUUGAUGGAACAUAUCGUUUUUGUUUUAGACUUUUAUUUUUAACCAAACGGAAACGAUAGCGAAAUAGAGAAGUAAGAUAACAGCAAUAGGCAAGAAAGAGUGAUGUUCAUUUAAGAUAACGAUGCAACGAUUAAUGAUUGCAUGUGAAAGUGAUUUUUUUAAAUUAAAAUAAUAAUAACCCUAUAUUUACAGAAUUGUACUGUACAACACAAAAAAGAAUAAAACGUGUCAAAGUUCAAACAUUGAUGCUAAAAUAUUAUAUAAAUAUAUUUCUUCCACUAUGUAGAUUUCUAUUUACACCACAAGCAAACAAAAACAAAAAAAGAACUCACUAUUAUUAUAUAUUUGAACAGAGCAGAAUUACAAAAGUAAAAACAAGAAGGUUAAAAAGAACUCAGUUAUUUUUAGUGCUAGUGCAAGAGGAACAAAAAAAACGUUUGUCCUUGAUUAACUAACUACAUUGACAUGUAACGGUGAUAAAAUAUAUUUUAUUUGAAAAAUAAAACAAAAAACAAAAGUUAUUUUAAGAAAUAAUACAAAUAUUUGUAGUUUCGUAGUGUUUUCAAAAACAAACUAAUAUUAACGAGAGAAAAUAUAACAAAAACUUAAUAUUUGAACAUAACCUAGUCAUAGACAACUCCUUUAUUAAGAAAGUACUUUUUUCCCGCAAAUAAAAUUACUAUGAGUCAGAUUUAGAUCGUCGAAAAAAAA